AAUAAAUCAAAAUGGAUAUUAUAUUCAUUCAGCUCAAAACGUUUUGAAUUGCAUCGUACGUCGAAAUGUUGAUAGCAGCGCUCUUGCUGGGAAUUCUCCUGAUAUUCCUAUUUACUCAAUUUGGCAGAUUGAAAAAUUUUUUGCGUUUUGUGAAACACGUGAAAAAACUUCCAAGAAGAAAAGGCUAUCCUUUAGUCGGUAACAUUCUGGAUUUACUGGGAGGUCCAGAGGAAGUCUUUCGAAAAUUGACACUCAUUGUCAAUGAAUCUUCUCGCAAUGGAAUAGCAGUUAUUUGGAUGACAUUUUUUCCUCUCAUAUUGGUAUCAGAGCCAAAUGUUUUGGAGCAAGUACUGAGAAGUCCAGUAAAUAACACUAAAGGAGUAAUAUACAAUAUGGUUCGUCCUUGGCUAAAUGAUGGUCUUCUGACUAGUAAUGACAAGAAAUGGCAUACAAGAAGAAAAAUGCUCACACCAGCUUUCCAUUUCAAUAUAUUGCAAAAGUUCCUUCACAUAUUCAAUGAAGAAAGCAGAUUGAUUGUUGACAGCCUCAAAGGACAUAGUCACAAUGAAACAGAUGCUUCGAAAAUCAUCAGCAAAUUUACCCUGGAUACAAUAUGUGAGACAGCCAUGGGGACCAAAUUGAGUGAGCUUGCGAACGGAGAGAAAUAUCGUUGGGCAGUUCGAGAAUAUGGAAUUAUGGCAAUAGAUAGGGUGGCCAAAACUUGGCUGUUGGUAGAUGCAAUACAUCGUUUUUCUAAAUAUUACCGGAAGCACAUACAAGUUUUGGAUAUCCUCCAUGAAUUCACAAGAACCGUGAUCGAUGCCCGUCAAAAAACCUUCAUCAGUCAUGAGGAAAUAAGCAUAAACGAUGAUUCAAGUAAAAAGAAGGAGCCAAUGCUAGAUCUGCUAAUUUCUGCUCAGAGGCGUGGGGAAGAUAUUGAUGAUGAAGGAAUAAGGGAAGAAGUCGAUACUUUCGUGUUUGAGGGUCAUGAUACCACGGCAGUCGCACUAUCAUUUUCUUUGAUGCUUCUGGCAAAUAACAGAGAAUGUCAAGAUAAAAUUUAUGAGGAACUGAAAUCUGUUUUCGGGGACGACGAUAGAGAUCCAACCGCUUCAGAUCUUCAGGAAUUGAGAUACUUGGAACGAUGUAUCAAGGAGACCUUAAGACUUUAUCCCAGUGUUCCCAAAAUAAGCAGAAAAACGGAGGAGGACAUUAUUUUAGACGGCGGGCUUAUUAUACCGAAAGAUAGCACAUUAUUAAUUAUGAUUUACGAGAUGCACAGGAGAGCUGAUCUGUAUCCAAAUCCUGAAAAAUUCGAUCCUGAUAGAUUUCUGCCGGAAAAUGUGCUACACAAGCAUCCCUAUGCCUAUAUACCAUUCAGCGCUGGACCCAGAAAUUGUAUAGGUCAGAAAUUCGCAAUGAUGGAAAUGAAAAGCUUCUUAACCGCUAUUCUUCGAAAUUAUAUUCUGGAACCAAUUGAUACACCGGAAACGAUACAAUGUAUAGCUGAUUUGGUGCUGAGGACAAAGUAUCCGAUUAAAGUGAGAUUCAUUCGUAGAACAGACUAACUUAUGUGGGUACAUGGGUACUUUAUAUUUGAAAAAACUCCUGAUAGCUAUAAUAGCGGCUGAAUAAAGUUUCUUUCAUAUCAAUGAGUAUUGGCAGGUUAUUCAAUGUUUAUAUCUACAUACCUCAUCUACGUGAACGGGUACAUAAAAGUACAAACCAUUGAACUAUUUAUAUGAUAUUAGCACAAACACACAAGUGUUCUAGCUUGUUCUUUUUUUAUAGAGUGGUAGGUCCUACGUGAUGUCAUUCAUAAUGCUAUUAUGUUACCAUUUAUACUUUGCCAAAGAAUUUGUGACAUUUUCAGAAUAGGAAUAAAAAUUCAAACUGAAUUAAAAUUUUUUAUCAUCUCAUAUUUUUUUCGAAUUGAGGUUUUAUUAUGUGGUGGUUGGAAAUACAUAAUAUAUUGAAUAGG